AUGCCCGUCACUGGCCCGUCCGGGCCACCAGGCGCCCACCCCAGAAGCAGCUGCAUCUCGGUGCUGGCAGGGGGGAAGGAACCCCUGAUGGGAGACCGUUCAUCACACGGAGGGCGGAGUCCGUCCGGUGAAAAGGGUGAGGAGAACGUGAGGGCCCCCCCAGCAGCGCGUCCGGCCCCCCCGCGGGCCCGGGGAGAAGCCGCCGACGCCGAGGAGCAGCGGGGAAGCCAGGAGCUGCUGGAGCAGGCGGCAGCCGAGAGGCGGCAGCUCGUCUGGGAGUGGCAGGAGCUGCGAGGGUUUCUGGAGGAGCAGGAGCAGCGGCUGCUGGCCCGGCUGGAGGAGCUGGAGGGAGCCAUUGUCCAGCGACGGGACGCGGGCGGCUGCAGCCUGUCCCGGGAGAUUUCCCUGCUCGGGGAGAGGGGAGGAGACGAGGGGCAGCGGCCGCCGAGCCCCCCCCUGCAGGGUGCCGGGAGCUGUGGGGCCAGAUCGGGCGACCACGUCUGCACGCAGUCAGAACCCACAGAACCGGAGCGUCCCGGAGACAGCUCCCGAGCCCGUCUCUGUUCCUUGCCCCCACGUUUCCCGGUGUCCCGUCUCUCUGGGCCCAUGGCGAGCACGGGGCUGAAGGCAGGUGACUCGCCGUAACCGAGACAAUCUCAGGCUGCAAAGCUCAGAUCCAGGGUUCCUGGAGUUUGGGGGUUGCUGGGCUCAGGGUCUGGGGCUCAGGCCUAUUUCUCACCCCUCCUUUCCCCAGCAGGGAG